GUAUACGUUGUUAGUCGUCGUCGUCGUCGUCGUGCGCGUUAUAUUAAUGUAAUAUUAGCGACUACCGGUAUAUUCUACCGGCGCUCGAUCGAUUUACACAAACGUGUACGUAAUUCAAUAACAUAUUUACAUACAUGGCCCUUUUCGUCGUCUAACUAUCUAUUCACGUCUGGACACCGCGCGAACUCUGACUGUGAUCUUUUACGAGGAUAGAUUUAUACAUGUUUAAUAUACAUGACACGCUUGUGUAUAAGUGUAUAAGUUACCUGGUGGCCGGUGGAGAAUUGUAUCUAAGUAUACAUUACAAUAAUGCGCGGAACGACGUCGUAUUCGAAUGCCGCUGUUCUGUUUGCGUUCCUGUGGGUAACGAUCCCGUCAAAACCAUGCCUAUGCUACAACACUGACUGCGAUUUCACUGAAAGUUACGAUGAGGUCGUCACAGUCAGCAUCAAUGAACCUGUACAAGUUACUAAGUAUAAAUGGUGUUUGGACAUACCACCAAGAUGUCCAGACAAUAAGCGAGAGUUUAGGACCGUACUCAGGAAUGUUACGGUGCCUAAAAUGCGCAAGGUGAAAAGGUGUUGCAAAGAUCAAAUUCAGUUGUACGAUAAUUGUGUUUCGAGAUGUGCUGAAGAUCAAUGUCCGAAUAUUCAUUGUACACCAGGCACUGAUAAAUGUAAAUGCAAAUCAGGAUAUACGGGUCAUUUAUGUGGACAAAAGUGCGACGUCGGGCGCUGGGGCCUGGACUGCGCGAACUCUUGCGACAAAGGCUGUCCGGACUGCGACCACCGCGCCGGGUGCUGCAAGACGGCCGCCGGCGGAUCGUCGAUUUUCUGCGGCGGUGGAGGCGGCAGCGGUGGCACCGGUGAUCGGUUGCCCGGCCGGAAGACGGUCUCUGCAGCAGCGGACGGCCGCAACGGCACCGUGCGCAAAACCGACGAGCCGGCGCCGGCGGUGGACCGUUCCGGACGGUUCCGGAUGUUGAGCACCACCAUACGACUGCAGACGGCCACGUGGGAACCCGCGGCCGUGGACGAGGCCACCAACGACACGAGAACCGGAAGAGGCGCCGUCGACGCCGCAGCAGCAGAGGCGCGGAAACCGGCGGAGACGGCGGCGGAGGCGAAGGCGGCGGCGGCCAAAAACCGAUCGGCCGAACCGGCGUGGACCCCUCUGGAGGCGACGGCGCUCAAGUACGACGAGCUGGUGACGAGGCUCAUUUGGAUAUUCGCCAUGACCUUGGUCGCCAUCGCCCUGGUGUUCGUCAUCAUGUUCGUCGUGUUCUUCAACUGCUUCGGGACGACGACGUGCAAACGGCAAGACGCCAACACCGCCGCGGCCGCCCGAGACACGUGGCCGCAGCCGAACGCCGACAAAGUUCGCGAGACAUGUAUUUCAAAACAAAACCUGUGUAAUGUGCCACCAGUUAGAUAUACAAAAACUCCUACACUAUAUACAUCUACCAAUGUUGAUUUACCAAUUCAUCCAGAAAUAUUUUGUCCAGUUUUUUCAGCUCCUCAUUACACAGGUGGAUCGUCACUAUAUGAUUCUCCACAACCAUUAUAUGAAAUUUUAUAUUGAGCAACAAGUAAAAAUAUAUAUAUACCUAUGAUUUAUAAUUAAUUUCUAAGAAUAAGUAAGUAGUUUUGAUUAAUAGUGCAAUAAAACAUUAAAAAUGUUACUAAAAAUUUGUUAGUUUAUAUAAAAAGACUACCUAUCUAAUACAAUGGAAAAAAUGUUACACUAUUUAAAAAAUAUAUUCAAUAUA